AUGUCUUCGGGUGGUUCCGGGGAGGCCAAGGGCGAGGUCAAGGGCCAAGCGCACAGGGGGGGAGGGGGGGUUGAAAAUGGGCCAAAUUUGCGUGACAUAAUUAAUGGACCAUCCCUAACACGCCUAUUCCAUGACGAAUUCAGUGCUCCUGAUCCAUUGAGUCUAAAACAGCCAGCAAAAAAGCAAGAACAGCGUGCUCCCUCAGCAGGUUCGAUUGCAAACAAAUACCAAAUAUUUCGAGACGCUGAUGCGACGGUGAUUCUGGAUGUGGAAGAAGAACGGCAACUUCAGCUUCAACGCGAACAGCAAGGGGUGACGAUUACGGACUUCGAAGAACCUGAAGAUAGCAAAGCACUGCCAAGCAUCUUCAAUGGAAUCAACCUAGAACGAGGGAGAACGGGUGUCUAUGAAGUAGAAGACCUGGUAACGGUGUUGAGACUGAACAAUGCUGAAAGCAUUUUUGUUUGUUCCGUGCCAAAAGAAGUUAAGUACGUUGAUUACAUUUGCGUCGUGACGGGAAUGAGUUUUCGACAUAUGAGAGGCAUGGCAGAAUUUGUGCGUAAGAUUUACAAAAUGAAACGAAACCCUAUGGAUAUUAUUCCAAAGAUCGAAGGCGAAAACAGUCGCGAUUGGAUGGCUUUGGAUCUGGGAAACAUUGCUCUGCACAUCUUCUCCGAAACGGCCCGAGAGCAGUACGAUUUGGAAUCGCUCUGGGCGGUGGGAGCCAAGUAUGAUCGAGAAUGUAACAAGCCGGAUGAACCACUGGUAGAACUGUUCGAACGACAUUCUGUGUAUCUAAAUGACUUGAAGCCCUUGAGGAAAGACCAGCCGAAUGUUGAAAAUAAGCUUGCGUGAGCGGCAACAAUGUAAAUAAAAAUAAGUACACUUUCAUAGAAGAUCAAUCAACCUUUGAAGUAGUAAGAUGUUGUAUAACUUAAAUAAAUCCUUGUAUCUGU